AUGCCUGACGACCUACCAAAUUGGGCGUAUAUUGGUCGUCCCCUGAUAGCUUCCACUCGAACGACCGCAUUGAGACUUUGUGUUGAAUUACGCUUCCACAACAUCCAAAGUCUUCGAGUCACUCUCGAAGGGAUCGUUCACGGUUGGAGUCGCCGUCAGUCUCCCAUCCCAAAUCCAACCCAAUCAUUCUGGCAGACAUCCCACCCAAACCCAAUAACUCACCACCGGUCCUCGCCAUCUUUACCACCACGCGCAUCAAUCGUGGUCAUCGGGACAGGCAUCAGCGGGACAUUCGCGACGCACGAACUGCUCAACAGCCACAAAGACGUCAACAACAUUUUGGUUCUUGAAGCGCGAACGACAUGCUCCGCCGCCACAGGUCGGAAUGGCGGACACUGCCGACCACUCAUCCACUCGCAACGCGCGGGGAUCAUUGACUUCGAAAUGCGCAACUACCGCGCCGUCAAGGCGUUAGCAACCCAGAAUGGGGUGAAUUGCGAUUUCAGAGAGGUCCCGGGGGGCGGGUGUCUGGGGUUCUGGAAUCGAGUUUACUUCGACGAGGCGAAAGCCGCGAUAUCAUCAAAUCUACGCCAGGACAGCAGCGAGACGACGACAACCAAGCAGAACGAAAUGGUUCGUGUAGUGGAGGAUGCCGAGGAACUCAAGGCGUUGGGUCUGACAGGGGGUGUUGUUGGUGCGCUGGUGCAAGAUCAAUAUGCGGCGAGUCUGUCGCCAUAUAAACUUAUCAUUUCGAUGUGGAAUGGUAUGCUGACUGAAUUUGCGAACCGGGUGAAUUUGCAGACUGAGACGCCUGUCACCAAAAUCACAAAAACAGCCGGCACAGGAGGUGGUGGUGGUAGUGGCGGGUGGAUCAUCCAUACUCGUCGUGGCGAUGUCCUUGCUGACCAGGUCAUACUCGCGACGAAUGGGUAUACAUCGCAUUUACUCCCGGAGUUUGAGCAGUGCAUCACACCUGUGCAGGCGCAGAUGUCGGCUCUGAUACCGCCGCCGGAGUCACCUUACUCGAAGACCUUGAUCCCAAUGAGUUAUGGGUUCGAGGGUGUAGGGUCGCAGGACCGGGUGAUGAGUGAUUAUCUUGUGCAGAAUCCUAUUCUAGACCACGAGGACAAGAAUCCGGUUGUUGGUCGCGGCGGACAUCUCAUGUUUGGCGGGGGGAGGCACGUCGCCAGAGGGAAUGGUGUCGGUGUUAGUGAUGAUGACUACGUUGAUGCGGACGCUGAGAUUUAUUUGAGAGGUUUGCCGGCUAGGUUGAGCUUGGUUGGAAGUCAGUCCGAGACGCAGGCGCAGCCAGAGCUGCUUGAUAUCGCGGCUUCGUGGACGGGAAUUCUCGGGCAUUCGGCCGAUGGACAUCCUUGGGUUGGAGGCGUGCCUGGGUUGGAAGGGCUGUUUGUUUGUGCUGGCUAUGCGGGUCAUGGCAUGACAAAUGCCGGAUUGUGUGGACGACAUGUGGCGAGGUUGGUGGCGAGUAGUCAGCGUGGUGAGGAUUGGCGACAGGUUCAAGACAACGAGGUCGAAAUGGGUGAACGAGGCGAGGACGCUGGUGUGCCCAAGGAGUAUGUUAUUACGACGGAGAGGAUGGAUGCGUUUGCGGUGAUGGGAAAGAGGACGCCUUGA